AAAACUCUUAGCCUCUCACAGAUGACUUGUCAGCAUGCCAAUUGUGUGGUAGUUCAAACACUACUGUCUCUAUCGCCGAUAGGCUCCGUUUCGGGUCUCUCCGGUCCUCCGGGUGCUGGAAAAAGCACAUUUAUCGAGGCUUUGGGUAAACCUGCUAUUCCAGUACCGGAGCAAAAACAUCGCGUAGCCGUGCUGGCCGUCGAUCCCUCCUCCUCGACUACUGGUGGCAGUUUGCUUGCCGAUAAAACCCGAAUGUACGAACUGUCCCGUGAUUUAAAUGCCUAUGUGCGACCUUCACCGAGCGGCGGUAACCUGGGUGGUGUAGCAAGAUCGACGAACGAGGCAGUUUUGCUCUGUGAAGCUGCCGGUUACGAUGUUGUUCUGGUCGAAACAGUUGGUGUGGGCCAGUCAGAGUUUGCAGUGGCCGAUAUGGUCGAUAUAUUCAUUCUCAUCAUUCCUCCGGCCGGCGGGGAUGAGCUGCAAGGUAUCAAACGAGGUAUUGUAGAGGUUGCUGAUAUAGUCUUGGUGAACAAGGCCGAUGGUGAUUUGUUACCAGCCGCGAAUCGCAUAGCUCGGGAGUACACAAGUGCUCUCAAAUACCAAAGGAAGCGUCGAACCAAUUGGGUACCGCCGGUGAGUGAUCCUUUCUGUCUCUUUACUGGCGGUUCAAGGUCAUCUAAAAUUUCACUUCUGGAGACUAAGAUCGAGUUGUCCGAUUUCCAGAAGAACCGACUCAGGCAACUCAAAGUUUGGAUGCGUAACUAUGUUCGCGAGGGUAUUUGGGAUCUUUUCAGUCAGCACAAAUUGAUUCGUGAUCUGUUGCCGGAAGUGGAGUACAAAGUGGUGGCUGGCGAACUGGCACCUGGACCGGCUGCGGAGAUACGCUCUGAUCACUUCGGGCUGGAAGCCGUAUGGUGUUAG